UAUAACUUCUCGGAGUAUAUAUAAUAUAACUUUGUACAAACAGGAGGGAAAAUGUUGCAAACUUACUCAAAUUCGCGAAUUCUUGUUUUUGACAAACUGUGCCAAAAAUGUGUUGGCAAACGUUAGCAAAAUAAAUGUCUGCUAAUGUUUGUAAAUAAUGUUUUUUUGUUGAAAUCUUUACUUCUCAACGAUACCACCAUAGUUUUAAUUUUAGUUAUUUGAAACUAUCAGUAGUUAUCAGAAAAUAAAUGGCGAUAAAAACUAACUUGUUCAAUACGUUCCUCGUUCCGUUAAUUUUUUUCGGAGCAGCUGUUAUUAUUAUUACCGAUGCAGUGGAUACAACUUUAUUAAAGCAUAUUUCUCCAACUAUGUACACUCUAUGGCUGAAUAUACCUAGUGCAUACGAUGAAAACUAUUCAGGAACUGUAAAUAUAGUUUUUACAGCAACAGAAACUUCUGAAUACAUUCUGUUACAUUCAUCCGAAGAACAUAUUGCUAUAAGCAAAAUCUAUUUAAACGGCGAUACAAAAAGACCGUGUCGUUGGAAGUACGUUCAAAACUCACUGGAUUUACUAAACAUUACUUGCAAUUCCCAUGUAGAAAUAAAAGAAGCAAACUCAUUGAGUAUUGAUUACAAAGCAAAACUCUCUGCAAGAUAUGAUGGAGGACUUUACAACAUUACUUACGACGAUAAUAAUCUCAAACAAAUCGCCAUAUUUAGUCAAUUAUAUCCAACUUUUGCUAGACGAGUAUUUCCAUGUUUUGACGAGCCGAAUUUUAAAUCAGUAUUUCAUAUUUUUAUUAGUUAUCCUGGGACGUUCGAAAUUAUUGGAAAUACUCCUAUUGUCGAAAAGGUUCAUACUUCAGAUGGGAUGACUACUCAAUUUGACGAAACACCGAUAAUGUCAACACAAUCAUUAGGAUUCGUCAUUUCCAACUUUGCACAAAUAACAACAACAGAUCAAGAGUACACAUAUAGCAUCUUUACUCAACCAGAAUUGAAAAACUACGCGGGAAUUGCUUUAAAACAUGGAUCUGAUUUGAUCAAUUCGAUGGGAGGGUUUACAGGAAUAAAAUAUAACGACAUGGGCAAUCCUCAACUCUAUGUGGUAGCAACAGACCACUUAAAUUUUGGAAAAGAAAACAGUUGGGGUCUUUUGCUUGAAAGAGAAGAGAAUCUGCUUGAUGAAGGAUCUAAAACCAGCGUUAAACAAAAACAAAGAAUCAUACAAACGUUGACAGGAGAGAUAGCUCAUCAAUGGUUUGGCAACUAUAUUACCCCAGAGCGGUGGUCUGAUGUUUGGCUCAAUGAGGGUUUUACCACUUUUUUAAAGUAUCACCUCCCGGAUUUAACUUUACAGGAAUUAGAGACUACAAAUCAAUUUUCAAUCGAAAUUCUUCAGGAUACUUUGUACCAAGAUUCUAUUCAAGGUGAAGAAGAACUUUCAACUAUUGAAAACACUGCCAUGAAUCCUAAAACUCAGGAGAGAAUGAACAAGUUUAAAGCUAUUAAAGGUGCCAGCAUUAUACGAAUGAUGCAAUCUACACUGGGUGAAAAAAUAUUUGAAGAACAUAUUAAUUCAUACUUAAAUAAGUAUAAAUUUAAUUACACUAAUCCCACUAAUUUACUGGAAGCUAUGGAGUUGGUAAAUAAAAUGGAAAAAUGGUUAUAUAUGCCUGGAUAUCCAUUGGUUACUGCACGUUUGUCUAAUAACGGAAAAUCAGUUAGUUUGUCCCAGGAGCCCUUCUUUUUAUUAAAAGAUGAUCAAGAAUCUGCUACAGUUUGGAACAUACCUAUAACCUAUGUAACUCGAAAUGAAGAUUCGAAUAGUAAGGAAAUCACUUGGUUAAAACCAAAUACCAACCUCGAAAUUCAUAUCGAACUUGACCAUUGGAUCAUUUUAAAUCUAAAUCAAGCAGGUUACUAUAGAGUUAAUUACGAUGACGUUUUGUGGACUAGAAUCAUUAAUACAUUACAUGGACAAGAUAAAAACAAAAUACCUGUGUUAAAUAGAGCACAACUCAUCGACGACAUAUUUUCUCUAGCUAGAGCUGGCAAAGUCGAUUAUAAGAAGGCUUUUGAACUACUGGAUUAUCUUAAGUAUGAAACUGAGUAUUAUCCUUGGGCCUCAGCUUUAAGAACAACAUCGCACAUACUAGAACACGUUAAUGAUAAAACAAAAGUGCUACUAAAGUCAAAACUCUUAACACUAAUAAAUGCAGCUUUUCCAUCUGUUACUGAAAUAAAAAGCUCCAAACACGUAGAUAUUUUAAAGGAACAUUUGAUAUUGCAUUGGAAAUGUUUUCUAGAUGAUAAUAACUGCUUGAAUAGUGCCAAAGUAAAAUUUGAGGAAUUCAAAAAUUCAAAUAGUUUCCAGAACAACAACGAGAGGGAUAUAGGCCUAUCCUUUGGAGUACGCACUAGUAAUAAUGUCUUUUAUGAUUUUAACUUCCUAAUGACUCACUACGAACAAUUAAAAUCGAGGGUAGAACAGGAAUCUAUAUUAAGAUCUUUGGGCUGUUUUGUCGACGCUACGAUUCUGGAAAAUUAUCUAAAGGAAAUUGUAUCAGAAAAAUCACCUAUUGUAUCUUACGAUGCACUGAAAGUUUUCGAAUCAGUGUUGUCACAUAAGCAAGGUGUAGAAGCAGCUUUAAAAUUUUUAGAAGUAACCAAAUCAAUCAUUAUUAAUAAGUAUAGUAAAAUAGUGAGUUUGACGGAUUUUAUUAUUUUAUUAGAAAAUAAAAUUACAACGCAAGAACAAUAUGAGCAGCUGAAAAAUAUUGUAACUAAUAAUGAAGAAUUUCAAGAUAAUCGAAGUAUACGAUCACUAAAAAUUAUUGAACAUAACCUUCAGUGGUCAAUAGUAAAUAGUGAUCAGAUUUAUAGUAUUUUGGAGCAUUUUCCAUUGAGUGGGACUCUAAGUGUUAAAUGUAAUUAUUAUACAGUGAUUGCAGCUAUUAUUUUUAUAUAUUUUAUUUUUAAUAAAUAAAACGAAGCAUAAAUAUUAA